GUUUUGGAUAAGUGAUAUUUAACCCAACUUGUUAUCCUGCAAUACAUCUAAAAAGUGAGAUGAAGACCCAUCAGCCUCUUCAUGUGGCCACUCCGCUGAGGCAGAGCCUUGCCCUGACUAAAGUAGCUGGGACUUCAGUUUACCUCAAGCUGGAUUCAUCUCAGCCCACCGGAUCAUUUAAGAUCAGGGGCAUCGGACACCUCUGCAAAACUUGGGCAGAGCGAGGGUGUGAGCGGUUUGUCUGCUGUUCAGGUGGAAAUGCUGGUAUGGCCGCAGCUUACUCCGCCCGUCAGCUCGGGGUUCCGGCAACUAUAGUAGUACCAAGUGUUACACCAAACCCAACGGUGGAGAGGCUGAAGGACGAGGGCGCCACUGUGGUGAUCCAUGGCAAGGCACUAAAUGAGAGCAUUGAAUAUGGACAGCAGCUUGUGGCAAACAACCCCAGCUGGAUAUUCAUUUCUCCCUUUGAUGAUCCGCUCAUCUGGGAAGGCCACACGUCUCUGGUGAAGGAGCUGGAGCAGGACCUGAAGGUGAAGCCGGGAGCCAUCGUGUUGUCAGUGGGAGGCGGAGGCCUGCUGAACGGGGUGGUGGAGGGACUGCGCCGUGCAUGCUGGGCUGACGUGCCCAUUGUAGCCAUGGAAACCAUUGGAGCACACAGCCUCAAUGCAGCAAUGAAGGCUGGGGAGCUGGUCACUUUACCUGAAAUUACCAGUGUUGCAACCACUCUGGGCCUGACGAGGGUGUCUGCACAGACGUUUAAACUGGUGGGGGAGCACACGGUUUUCUCAGAAUUAGUCACAGACCAGGAGGCUGUAAAAGCUGUGGAGCACUUUGUUGAUGAUGAGAAGAUCCUGGUGGAGCCCGCCUGCGGGGCCGCCCUGGCAGCCGUGUACAGCGGCGUUAUCAAAAGGCUGCAGGGCGAGGGCAAGCUGGCACAGCGUCUCGGCCCGGUGGUCAUCGUGGUGUGCGGCGGCAACAACAUCAGCAUGGAACAGCUAGCGAGGCUGAAAAAACAGCUCGGUAUCGUCUAGUGCGUCCAACUACCUCAGGUCUUCCUGACCUUUCCUCUAUUCCUUCAUCUGCUGGUCUCGAUCCUUAAACCCCCGCCAUUCACGCGCUCCAUAGACCGAAUCAUUCCAGACUGAGACACUCCUGAGCACUGACAUGUGGACAGAGAUGCUGGAGGGAUUGUUUUUUAUCUUGUAAAGCCUUUGUUAUUGUGAUGAUGUUCUGGUAGAGGUCGUUUUUCGACUUUGAACAAAAAAAGUACACCGACACUUUCAGGUUGUAUUGGUUUUAAGUUUGCCGGUAUGUUGUUCU